AGUUGUAAACAAAUUCUUAACGAUUGGUAACUGGAAAUGGAAAACGGAAAGGCUUUCAGCUGAUUGUUUCAGAGGGUAUAUAACGAAAUGUCGAGUCGUUGCACGUCGCAUUUUACCGAAUGAACAUUUAAAAUGCAAUUGGUGAACUUCCUGUGGAUUGGUCUUUUGACUGUUCCGCAGGCAUUUGCCUUGGAUGUAUGCACUGGAAAGAAUUUUGGAUAUAAAGCAGCCGAUCCAGCCGAACCUAAUGCAUACUAUCUAUGCCUGGGCUUGCUUGGAAAGAUCAGAAACAACUGUCACGAAGGAUAUCGAUUCAACCUACAAGCUCAAAUCUGCGUCAAAGAUAAUCUACCCACUGCACUUGCAGAACAAGAUGCCAGCGGUGUGAAAAAUGAGUUCAACAUCAAUCAGAAUAUAACCCUAGAUAGACCAAUUAUUUUCAAUUUCUUUGGCUCUUUUUGGAAUAAGCCUCCUAAGCCACCAAUUCCAUGGCCAACACAUGCACCAAAGCCCCCAAUCACCUCGACACCUGCAUCUAUCGCUUCUACCAGUGACGAUCUGCAAUCCACACUAACACCUGGUGAGCUAACGACAGCGACUGAACCUUUACUGGGCUCAACUGAAAGCAUCAGCUCAAGCCCUGGGGCUUCAUUUUCAACCGCAGCAUUUACAGAAUCUUUGGAAAGUUCAACUGAAAGCUUCAGCUUAAGCUAUGAUGAAUCCUCUUCAACUUCAGAAGUUACGGAAUCAACUGAGAGUUCAACUGAAAGCUCCAGCUCAAGCUCUGAGGCAUCCUCUUCAACUUCAGAAGUUACGGAAUCAACCGAGAGUUCAACUGAAAGCUCCAGCUCAAGCUCUGAGGCUUCAUCUUCAACUUCAGAAGUUACGGAAUCAACCGAGAGUUCAACGGAAAGCUCUAGCUCAAGCUCUGAGGCUUCAUCUUCAACUUCAGAAGUUACGGAAUCAACCGAGAGUUCAACUGAAAGCUCCAGCUCAAGUUCUGAGGCUUCAUCUUCAACUUCAGAAGUUACGGAAUCAACAGAGAGUUCAACUGAAAGCUCCAGCUCAAGUUCUGAGGCUUCAUCUUCAACUUCAGAAGUUACGGAAUCAACCGAGAGUUCAACUGAAAGCUCAAGCUCAAGUUCUGAGGCAUCUUCUUCAACUUCAGAAGUUACGGAAUCAACUGAGAGUUCAACGGAAAGCUCUAGCUCAAGCUCUGAGGCUUCAUCUUCAACUUCAGAAGUUACGGAAUCAACCGAGAGUUCAACUGAAAGCUCCAGCUCAAGCUCUGAGGCUUCAUCUUCAACUUCAGAAGUUACGGAAUCAACCGAGAGUUCAACUGAAGACAGAUCGACGGAAGAGAUCAUCUACGAGGAACCAACUACAAGCUUAUCGUCAAUAGAAUCGACGUCUGAAAUAAACAUUCUUAGCUCUAAGAAACCCAAAUCUACAGAGGAUCCAAAAGAAGAUUCAUGGAUCGAUUCUUACUCAAGCUUAUCAACAACCGAAGAUCGUGAUGACAUAUCCAGCAGCGUAAAACGAAGACCUGAAAUAGAUUAUCUAUCGGAAAUAGAAGAAAUUUCCGAAUGCAACUCUCUGCCAAGUGGCUCCUAUCUAAGAGAUCCAAGGUCCUGCAACAGAUUCUAUAUAUGUUCAAAUGGACGCGCUAUUUCCCGCAGCUGCCCGCCAAGUCUAUAUUUCGAUAUUCAGAAAAGGGUUUGCAAUUUCCCCAGUUUAGUAAAAUGUGUGAUUGAUAAUAAGGGAAUCAGCAAGUCACAUAAAUCUUCAUCAUUACAUAAAGACCAUCUAAUUAGUAUCCCCGACAUAGAAAAGCCAAUCCUUAAAGCACCAAUUUCAUCCUAUGAACCAGCCAAAGGCAUCUCCAAAGAUACAUCUAAACUGAACACUAAAACGGAUAUAUCUAAUGACUCAUCGUUUUCUGAAGUUGAGGACUCUUCAGAUUGUAAGGGCUUGCCAAACGGAUCAUUCCUAAGGGAUUCAAAGUCUUGCGGCAAGUUCUACGUAUGUGCAAAUGGCCGUGCUAUACCCCGAAACUGUCCCGGAUCUCUUUUUUUCGAUAUCAAGAAGAGGGUUUGCAACUUCCCCAGUUUGGUAGACUGCUCGACUGAUAACAAAUAUAGCUAUACGGUUAAGAACCCAGCGUCCUCUCAAAACGUUAACAAUGCAAUUGUUGACAAAACGGAAGAAGCCUCCAAAUUUAUUCCAGACUGUAGCUCCGUAGCAAAUGGUGUUUAUAUUCGGGAUCCUAGGUCCUGUAACAAAUUCUUUGUAUGUGCUAAUGGCCGAGCCAUACCACGACAAUGUCCCAAAGGCCUUUAUAUAGACAUAAAGACAAAAUUCUGCAACUUCCCGAGUCGAGUACAAUGUUCUAUUGAUAGUACCGAAAAUUUACCAAUUCUAUCCGCUCCAGUGGCAGGUCACCUCGAUUGUAGCGAUAAAGCGGACGGUUCCACCAUACGCGACUCAAAGAUGUGCAAUAAGUAUUACGUCUGCUUGAAGGGAACUCCAGUAACCCAUUUCUGUUCACCUGGAAAAUGGUUUGACCUCAACCGAGAAGCUUGCGAGCUAAAGCGCAUGGUAGAUUGUAAUAACUGAGAGAGAUGCGAUAGUUAUAUAACAAUAAUAUAACUGUAUUAUAUAUGUGGUGAAGGGGAAUAUUAAUUAUAUAAGGCAAGUGGCGUAUUUUAGCGUAAUCUAAACAAUAUAUUAUAGAUUUGGAAACGGUGUUUGUUAUAAAUAACUUAACUAUAUUAUAAAUAUAACGUUAUCCAGUGUAUUACGACAGAGUAUUAUCCUACUCGCUAGUCUUUUACAGGGAAUAAAUUUUCUGAUUACUAUA